AUGUCCGCCUUCCUCUCAUCUCUGCGCCCAGCCAUGCGCAUGGCCAGUAUCCCCCAGACCGCCCGCGCCUUCAGCUCCUCGCCCGCCCACUCCGUCGCCCGUCUGACCCUCACCGGCCGCCUCGGCGCAGAGCCCGAGCUCCAGGCCACCUCUUCCGGCCAGGAGAUCGUCAAGUACACUGUUGCCACAUCCCACGGCGGCCGUGAGAACCGUCAGACGACCUGGUGGCGCGUCACGAACUUCGUCCCCGAGGGCGCCCAGCGCGAUUUCGUCCUUGGUUUGCAGAAGGGAACACUCGUGUUCGUCGAAGGCGACGCCAAAAUGUCCCCCUGGGAAGAUGCCGACGGCAACGCCCGGUCCACUUUGAACAUUGUGCAGCGCACUCUCGAGGUCCUUAAGCGGCCCAGCAACGGCGGUGACGAGUCUCAGUAG